AUGAAUCGACUUGUGGUUAUCGAUGCGGCUAUAUUUGUCUUCACUGCAAUCAGUGCUGCAGGCGGUUGUAAGUGAUUAUUUUAUUAUUUUGUUGGCCUGUGACUGUCUUCUACUAUUAAUUUUGUGACUCUUUGCAUAACUUUUCCCCUUCUUAUCAGCGUGGUGUUACCAUGAUUCUAGUUGUGGUAAGUAUUGGUUUUACCCCCCUGGUUACAGUGUAAUUUUUAUUCACAAAUUGGACGUGAAGCAUUUGCUUUGAAAUUAUUGUGAUGGCGGUGGAUAACAGACUAUAGAAUUAAUGUGUUAGCAUAUAAUAUGACCCUUAUAAAAUUAUGGUACAUUGACACCAUGGUAUGAUUGAUUAUAUGUUAAGAUGACACCACUUGGCCCACCAUUGCCUCUGGUAAUUGCAACGGAUCCCGACAGUCUCCCAUCAACAUCGUCUCCGCAUCGGCACGGGGCGAUGCAACCCUGACUACUUUCACCUUCACCAAAUACGGAGACAUCACUACGAUGAAGAAUAUCAAGAACACUGGCAGAACCGGUGAGGAGAAUGGAUGGAUGCCUUGCCUUUUCAAUCCAUACACACAAAGUCCCCACUUGAGGAAAAUAUACAGUGCAUUCGGAAAGUAUUCAGACCCCUUGACUUGUUCCACAUUUUGUAAUGUUACAGCUUUAUUCUGAAAUGAUUGAAAUUGUUUUUUCCCCUCAUCAAUCUACACACAAUAUCCCAUAAUGACAAAGCAAAAACAGGUUUGUGUACAUUUUUGCAGAUUUAUAUAAACAAAUAUAUGGAAAUAUCACUUUUACAUAAGUAUUCAGACCCUUUACUCAGUACUUUGUUGAAGCACAUUUUGGCAGUGAUUAAAGCCUCGAGUCUUCUUGGGUAGAAUGCUACAAGCUUGGCACACCUGUAUUUAGGGAGUUUCUCCCAUUCUUCUCUACAGUUACUCUCAAAAUCUGUCAGGUUGGAUUGGGAGCGUUGCUGCACAGCUACUUUCAGGUCUCUCCAGAGAUGUUUGAUUGGGUCAAGUCCGGGCUCUGGCUGUGCAACUCAAGGACAUUCAGAGACUUGUCCCGAAUCCACUCCUGUGUUGUCUUGACUGUGUGCUUAGGGUCGUUGUCCUGAUGGAAGGUGAACCUUCGCCCCCAGUCUGACUUCCUGAGCGCUCUGGAGCAGGUUUUCAUCAAGGAUCUCUCUGUACUUUGCUCCGUUCAUCUUUCCCUCGAUCCUGACUAGUCUCCCAGUCCCUGCCGCUGAAAAACAUCCCACAGCAUGAUGCUGCCACCACCAUGCUUCACCGUAGGGAUGGUGCCAGGUUUCCUCUGGAUGUUACGCUUGGCAUUCAGGCCAAAGAGUUCAAUCUUGGUUUCAUCAGACCAGAGAAUCUUGUUUCUCAUGGUCUGACAGUCCUUUAGGUGCCUUUUGGCAAACUCCAAGCGCUGCCAUGUGCCUUUUACUGAGGAGUGGCCAUUCUACCAUAAAGGCCUGAUUGGUGGAGUGGUGCAGAGUUGGUUGUCCUUCUGGAAGGUUCUUCCAUCUCUACAGAAGAACUCAGGAGCUCUGUCAGAGUGACCAUCGGGUUCUUGGUCACCUCCCUGACCAAGGCCCUUCUCCCCCGAUUGCUCAGUUUGGCUGGGUGGCCAGCUCUAGGAAGAGUCUUGGUGGUUCCAAACUUCUUCCAUUUAAGAAUGAUGGAGGCCACUGUGUUCUUGGGGAUACAUGGCUUGGUUUUUGCUCUGACAUGCACUGUCAACUGUGGGACCUUAUAUAGACAGGUGUGUGGCUUUCCAAAUCAUGUCCAAUCAGUUGAAUUUACCACAGGUGGACUCUAAUCAAGUAGUAGAACAUCUCAAGGAUGAUCAAUGGAAACAGGAUGCACCUGAGCUCAAUUUCGAGUCUCAUAGCAAAGGGUCUGAAUACUUAUGUAAAUAAGGUAUUUCUGUUUUUUUUGUCAUUUUGGGGUAUUGUGUGUAGAUUGAUGUUUAUUUAAUUUAUUUGAGAAUAAUGCUGUAACUUAACAAAAUGUGGAAAAAGUCAAAUGUUCUGAAUACUUUCCGAAUGCACUGUAUGUACCAAACCAGGAACUGGUUCGAAAUGGAACUAAUUUAGUUUUGUUGGUCUUUUCUUUCUUUCAGUCAUAGUCGAGCUGACGAGUGGAGUCCAGAUUACAGGCGGGGCCCUGUCUGAGGCCUAUGACAGCCUGCAGUUUCACCUGCACUGGGGCAACGGUACCUCAGUCCCUGGGUCGGAGCACACAGUGGAUGGAAUCCGCUACCCCAUGGAGGUAUGGGAAGGUUCAACACAACAUUGCAGCUUUCCGAUUCUCUACCUUUCUCCAGAAGUGUCCCUUCAUUCACUCCCCCUUUCAUGGAUUGAUGCAAGCAUGGCUGGAGGGAGUUUCCACCAUAUGCCAAACACUAGUCCAUUCCUUUUAAAUUCAUGAAAGGAAGUGUAUGCGUACACUUAGGGAGAAAGGUAGAGAAUCUGAAUGUAGCUCAUGUCACAUGGGGUGACACUUCUCAUACUGAUGCACAUCAGUGGCGGUUGGUGCCGUUUAAGAUGAGGGAUGACGAUUUUUAUUUUUAUGAGCAUGGCCUUAUUUCUAUUACAGCAUAUUGGAUGACUGUCAUUCAUAUUCAAUUCACCCAGCUCAUCGAUAGGUUUAGGCUACUACAUGAUACUCAAAUUUUCCCUAUACCCAUCAUGAGGUUGCUACAACCUAGCCUAUGAAUGAAAGUUUACAAUGUAGGUGCACAGGUCGAGAUACAAUUUUGAGUAAUCAAUGUGACAGACAGUGACACAUUCAAUACCGCCUUGCACACUCUUGCCUGCAUCUAGCUGAUCUAGGGUGUAAUCAUUAGUACAACAGUUACAAACGAGAGUUUCUAUUGGACAAAUUCAGGUAUGUUUAUCCCUGUUUCAAUCCGUUUGCUUACGUUUAAGAAGCGUUUUUCAACAGAAUCGGCGGAAUGAAUAAACCCCUGAUCACAUAUAAACACAGUUCACUUUCAUAGCAGCCACAUAAACAGCAUGACUCAUUUGCUCGUUGUAUAAUUCCUUCUCACAUCGACGCACUCUCCUCCUCUCACCUUCUCCAUUUGCUUGUGGACUUCAGUGGACAACACAUCAGCUGUCUGUAACCAGGCUAAAAAAAAAAAUCCAAGCCAAACCUUCAUAUCAUAACAGCUAACCGCUACACAUUUUUACAUUACAUUUUAGUCAUUUAGCAGACGCUCUUAUCCAGAGCGACUUACAGUUAGUGAAUACAUUUUUUUUUUUUUUUUAUACUGGCCCCCCGUGGGAAUCGAACCCACAACCCUGGCGUUGCAAACGCCAUUCUCUAUCAACUGAGCUACAUCCCUGCCGGCCAUUCCCUCCCCUACCCUGGACGACGCUGGGCCAAUUGUGCGCCGCCCAUGAGUCUCCCGGUCGUGGCCCGGCUGCGACAGAGCCUGGAUUCGAACCAGGAUCUCUAGUGGCACAGUUAGCACUGCGAUGCAGUGCCUUAGACCACUGCGCCACUCAGCCUAUAUCGUUGUCACCAUAGCUAACGUCAUAGUCAACAUAGCUACUAGAACUAAAGUGUUAGUAAACCUGCUACAAUCAUGCAGUACAGUGUACAGUCAGCAAGCAGUUGAGCAGUUACAAUAAAUUAAUAAAACCAAAAGCUUAACUUGACUUGGAAGAGUUCCAGUGUUGGAUAGCCAUAGCCAGAUAGCUAACAUAGCACCCCUCUCUGUUUGAGUAGGCUAAACUUGCUAGCUAGAUUAGCUAGCUAUGCAAGUGAAAGUGAAAAAAAUACAACAAAAUAUAGCUAGCUCUCUCUCUCUCUCUUUCUUCUCCUUCAUUUUUGUAAAAAUGUAUUUGUUCAAAGCUGUUCAACUAUUGUCUUUCUCUCCCUUUGAGUCAACUACUCACCACAUGUUAUGCACUGCAGUGCUAGCUAGCUGUAGCGUAUGCUUUCAGUACUAGAUUCAUUCUCUGAUCCUUUGAUUGGGUAGACAUCAUGUCAGAUUAUUCUGCAAGAGCUCUGAUAGGUUGGAGGAUAUCUUCCGGAAGUUGUCAUAAUUACUGUGUAAGUCGUUAGAAGGGGGUGAGAACCAUGAGCCUCCUAGGUUUUGCAUUGAAGUCAGAGGAGGAGGGAAACUAGCUGUCCUCUGGCUACACCAUGGUGCUACCAUAAAGAGUGCUGUUGAGGCUACUGUAGACCUUCAUUGCAAAACAGUGUGUUUUAAUCAAUUAUUUGGUGACGUGAAUAUACUGUAUUUUGUAUCGUUUUAUCUAAAAAGGAUAACUUUUUAAAUGUUUCACUAUUUUUAUUUUCAUGAAAUUCACUGAGGAGGAUGGUCCUCCCCUUCCUCCUCUGAGGAGCCUCCACUGAUGUACAUAUACCGUACUGCCAUGGAUCAAUGUCAUGUUCUUCGUUUAGGCUUAGUCCAGUCAGAAUGAUUUCCCCCCAGCCAAACUGCAGCCCCGCCACUUGGUUUACUAGAAAACUGACGAAUGGGGAAAUGUAACUACUCUCAAGUCUGACGGUUGUACUGAGCUUAUGAGGCAUGUAUAAGUCCUAUUGGUCAAUAAUCAGGGGGCAUAUAUAUCAUUAAUUGAAAUGACCCUUGAACAGCUGUAAAUAUGACAGAUUGUAGGCUACCUUUUUAAAUGUAUCAUUACAACGUUUUAAUUUUCCAAAGGAUUCAGAACUUUUUAGAUCAACUGUUAUGCUUCACCUUUCAGUUGCACAUAGUAAAUGCCAAGUCUUCGCACAACGGUAACACGACCACGGCCGUUACAGAUGGCACUGGACUCGCUGCUCUUGGCUUCUUCAUAGAGGUGAGUGGAUGCUUUAACCUUCCUAUAAAUGGCAUCCAUUUUUCCACAGUAGAUUGGAUAUUUCAAUGUUUUAUUGCAGUUUUUUAUUACUAGUCUGUAUUUUUUGCAACAGGCCAUUCCGGGCAAUGUGACUGGUUCACCAGCAGCCUGGAAAACUCUGACAUCCUACUUGGCCAACAUCACACUAAAAGGUGAGUGGAGAGAUUUGACUGGUUCUGAUUUGAUCAAGAACUACUUCCUCAAAAUAAAGUUUGGAAAAGGGAUUCUUUUUUCUCUAUGGAUUCAAAAUGAGAAAUGUUCUUGUUCCAUUUCAGUAGUAUAUGAUUUUAGUAUUUUUCUCUCUCUUCCUCAAGAUGAGUAUGUAAACAUUACUCAUGCUAUUUCAUUGGAUGAGCUCCUGGAAGGCGUGGACCGUACCAAAUACUACCGUUACCAUGGAUCCCUGACCACUCCAAAUUGCAACGAAGCCGUGGUAUGGACCGUGUUCAAGGACCCUAUCAAAGUCAGCCAGGACUUGGUGAGUUUGUGAAACAAUUUCACAAUAAACUGAACAACAUUUUUACCAACUAGAUAUUUUUAUAUAUACAGUACCAGUCAAAAGUUUGGACACACCUACUCAUUCCAGGGUUUUUCUUUAUUUUUACAGUUUUCUACAUUGUAGAAUAAUAGUGGAUACAUCAAAACUAUGAAAUAACACAUAUGAAAUCAUGUAGUAACCAAAAAAGUGUUAAACAAAUCAAAAUAUAUUUUAUGUUUGAGAUUCUUCAAAGUAGCCACCCUUACCUUGAUAACAGUUUUACACACUCUUGGCAUUCUCUCAACCAGCUUCAUGAGGAAUGCAUCAGUCUUGAAGGACUUCCCACAUGUGCUGAGCACUUGGCUCCUUUUCCUUCGCUAUGAGAUCCAACUCAUCUGAAACCAUCUAAAUUUGGUUGAUAUCGGGGAUUGUGGAGGCCAGGUCAUCUGAUGCAGCACUCCAUCACUCUCUUUAUUGGUCAAAUAGCCCUUACACAGCCUGGAGGUGUGUUGGGUCAUUGUCCUGUUGAAAACCAAAUGAUAGUCCCACUAAGCGCAAACCAGAUGGGAUGGCGUAUUGCUGCAGAAUGCUGUGGUAGCUAUGCUGGUUAAGUGUGCCUUGAAUUCUAAAUAAAUCACAGACAGUGUCACCAGCAAAGCACCCCCACACCGUCAAGCCUCCUCCUCCAUGCUUCAUGUUGGGACCCACACAUGAGGAGAUCAUCCGUUCACCUACUCUGCGUCUCACAAAAACAUGGCGUUUGGAACCAAAAAUGUCAAAUUUGGACUCAUCAGACCAAAGGACAGAUUUCCACCAGUCUAAUGUCCAUUGCUCGUGUUUCUUGGCCCAAGCAAGUCUCUUCUUCUUAUUGGUGUCCUUUAGUAGUGGUUUCUUUGCAGCAAUUCGACCAUUAAGGCCUGUUUCACACGGUCUCCUCUGAAUAGUUGAUGUUGAGAUGUGUCUGAGGUGUAGUUAACUCUAAUGAACUUAUCCUCUGCAGCAGAGGUAACUCUGGGUCUUCCUUUACAGUGGCGGUUCUCAUGAGAGCCAGUUUCAUCAUGGCGCUUGAUGAUUUGUGCGACUGCACUUGAAGAAACUUUCAAAGUUCUUGGAAUUUUCCGGAUUGACUGACCUUCAUGUCUUAAAGUAAUGAUGGACUGUCGUUUCUCUUUGCUUAUUUGAGCUGUUCUUGCCUUAAUAUGGACUUGGUCUUUUACCAAAUAGGGCUAUCUUCUGUACACCACCCCUACCUUGUCACAACACAACUGAUUGGCUCAAACGCAUUAAGAAGGAAAGAAAUUCCACAAAUUAACUUUUAACAAGGCACACCUGUUAAUUGAAAUGCAUUCCAGGUGACUACGUCAUGAAGCUGGUUGAGAGAAUGCCAAGAAUGUGUGAAGCUGUCAUCAAGGCAAAGGGUGGCUAGUUUGAAGAAUCUAAAAUCUAAAAUCAAUUUUUAUCUGUUUAACUCUUUUUGGGUUACUACAUGAGUCCAUAUGUGUUAUAUCAUCGUUUUGAUAUCUUCACUAUUAUUCUACAAUAUAGAAGAUUGUAAAAAUAAAGAAAAAUCCUGGAAUGAGUAGGUGUGUCCAAACUUUUGACUUGUUAUAGAUACACACACACAUAUAUAUAUAUAUAUAUAUAUAUAUAUAUAUAUAUAUAUAUAUAUGUAUAUGUAUGUGUGUGUGUGUGUGUUAUUAUCAAGUAAAAUAAAUAUAUGGACUCCAACAUGAAACUAUGGACUAUUUUCCUCAUCCAUAUCUGCUUUUGAAACAUAAAAGUACUGAUUCAGAAAUAUUACUCAACAUGGGCUUUGUAAGGGAUUACACAGGAAGGGUGAAAAUGUCAUCUCCACUGGGGUAGUACAACAAAAUAUAAUUUCUAUAGCUAGGUUUCCAUCCAAUUGGCGAUAGAUUUUCAUACGAAUAUUCUAAAAUCUGCAUUUAAACAAUAUGCAAAUUGUCCCAACAGAGAUGUGUUUCCAUCAAAUUGACUUGAUAAAGGCUUUGUGUGAUGACGUAGUGCACAUAAUAAUAACUUUUACGAUUUAAAUCCCAUGUACCGAAUAACAAAUAGAAGUUAAAUGGGUUUCCAUCGCUGAUGGUUUUGUCACAAUUUAAUUGCAUUAUGUAGCGAAUGUGCCCACUCUGAUAAUGGCACAUGCAUGGUUCGCAUAUACAGGGCGGGUAUAGCCUACAUGAUGAGAUUAUUAUGGACAAAAGAGACCGAUUAUUUUUAUUUGUCAAAUGGCAUCCAAGCAUCGAUCAUCAUGUCACCAGAAUAAGACCCUCAAUAUUUAUUGGAAAGCACCAUCAAGCUCAUCACCGUGCAUUUCAGAAAUGUGUCUUGUUUUAAUCCAACUUUUAACCAAAAUGCAAUGACAUGUAUCAAAGGUGUUUUUUUCUAUGUAUUUAUUUGGAGAGCAAUUUGCCUCAAAGUUGAGUUGAUUUCACUUUACUUGGCAGCUAAACAAAAAUUAGAUGAUGAACUGACGUCCAUGCCCAGUGAGUAAAGCCAUUGGGUCAGCCUGAUGUCACACUUAUGUCUGUGAUCCAAUAUGCAAUUAAUUAACCUUCUCCCCUCAGAUUGAUAUCUUCAGCACAACAGUGCGCAUUGAACACAACUCCACCUCUGACUUGAUGACUAACACCUUCAGAAACAUCCAGACUGUCAACGGCUGGGUGGUGACAACCCAGCCCAGCUCAACCACAGCCCUGCCAGUGUCGGGAGCCUCCACAACGAGCUCCUCUCUGGGCAUC